AGAGAGAGAGAGAGAGAGAGAAUGAUUCCGUUGACGAAGAAUUCCAUAGAGCACUUCACCCAUCCAGGGCAUCGGCUAGUACAGCUUACCGCUAACACAGAAUACGUCUGUGAUGGUUGCAAGACCAAUGGAUCCGGGACAAGGUACCGAUGCAAUCGGUGCGACUUCGAUAUCCAUGAAUUCUGUGGUACAUGCCCUAGAAGCCUCUCCUCCUUCAUGCAUCCACACCCACUCAAUCUAUUAGUCUGCAAAGCUAAAGCCACUCGCCGGAACGAGCGCGUCUGUAACGUCUGUGGGGACCAUGUGGAAGGGCUGUUCUACAGGUGCAAGGAUUGCGAAUUCGAUGUUCACCCACUUUGUACCCAGUUGCCUCAGUCCCUAUGCCACGCGCUCCACCCGGCGCAUCCGUUAACCCUCCAGUCAUCAUCAUCAUCAUCUGGCUUGUGUGCCUUUUGCCAAGGCUCGUGUUGGUCUUGGCGUUAUGGGUGCGGAGCUUGUGGCUUUUAUAUUCAUCUGGAAUGCCUUCUACAAACCUUUGAUUCGCCAACACAACGCUCAGUUCCGCUUGGUCAGCCACGUCCACCAGGGCCACCACCACAAUGCUCAAUUCCGCCGUUUGGUCCAUCAGGGAUGCCAUUAUAUGGUGGUUCUGGUCAUGGGAUGCCUUCCGGGUAUAGUACACCAAGGCCGCCACCAUAUGGUGGUUAUGGUUAUGGGAUGCCUUCAGGGCCGCCACCAUAUGGAGGUUAUGCUCAUGUGAUGCCUUCUGGAUAUAGUCUGCCAGGGCCACCACCACAAUGCUCAAUUCCGCCGUUUGGUCCAUCAGGGCUGCCAUUAUAUGGUGGUUCUGGUCAUGGGAUGCCUUCCGGGUAUAGUACACCAAGGCCGCCACCAUAUGGUGGUUAUGGUUAUGGGAUGCCUUCAGGGCCGCCACCAUAUGGAGGUUAUGCUCAUGUGAUGCCUUCUGGAUAUAGUCUGCCAUGGCCGCUACCAUAUGGUUAUGGGAUGCCUUCUGGGUAUAGUCCAUACUACAAUGGAAACCAUCAGACUCCAACAGUUGGUGGAACAACAAAUGGGAUAGCGGGCAAGAUGUAUAGACUUGUAGCACAACUAGCUGUUGGGGUGGCCUCUAGUGCCAUCUUUGGAUUAAUGUCAUAGAUCCAAUCAGAUUCAACAUUCAACAAGUUAUUGUCUAAUCUCUAUAUGUCCAUCAGGAUGCUUCCAGUAUAAAAUCUGUAUUUUUUUUUUAGCCAUUGAAAGUUGUGAUAUAUAUAACAGAGGAAAUAAAAUAAAUUACAAUUCUAGCAUAAGUUGUAGCCCAACCAUCUGCAGC